UUUGCAGUUUUCCUUCAACCUUGCGCCUGUGCAUGCUGUGCGACGCGGUAAAUCCGCACAAUCAAAAGCGUCUGAAAAUUCGAUUUAAGUGCCAACUUCUUUAAGGCAAAGUACCAGUGAAAAAGUGCACGCACUUAGUCCGAAAAUCGGUAUUUAUGUGCAUAUCAAUGAGUGUAAAGGUGUGUGCUGAAGUGUUUAUGUGUAUGUGUGUGUGAUGCGGCGCGCUAACACAAAAAUGGCAAGUGCAGUUAGACAACUAUGAGAGCUGAAUAUGUACUUCCUACGAAUGUGUAUAAUUAUUGCUAUUCGAAUGAAAUAAAUGAUUCAGAGCUAAAUAGAUUUUCAUAUUCGGCAAUCGAAGUGAGCCGCAUCAAUUUCAUAACAGAUAAAUCGAUCGAAGCGCAAACGUCAGUGUCCCUAAACGAAAGCCCUGGGAAACCGAAAGCCUCGACAUUUCACCAAUACGGUGCGGGGGUGCUGUUGGGUGUUGGUGCUGUAAUAGCAAAAAUCAUCUGCUGGGGUGAGCAGCAGGAAACAGCCGCAGCAGCAGCAGCAAGUUUCAGCAUCAGCUGUGACGCUUGCAGCAGCAACUACAGAGGCAUCAAAAAGCUCUGCGCUGACAAACAUAAAAUCAAAAGGCAAAACCAAAGUCAACAGCGACGACGACAGAGGAAGACAAACAAGCAGCAGAAGCAGCAGCAUAAUCAUAUCCAUCAACCUCAUUAUUGUCAUCAUAAAUUACGUUAUUGUGUGCGCCGUAAAAGCCUCGCGCUAUUCUUAGAUUGUUUGCGCGAGAGUCCAUCUAUUCAGUUUGUGGACAGUAGCGACGUCAAGGACCACGCCCACAACCGACCUUCGCAGCCGCCGCCCACAACAGCAGCAGCAGCAAAGGAAACAGCAUCAGGAGCAGAACGUUUACAUCUGCGAGCGCCGCUGCAGCGCAAAUACGCAGCAAACAACGUCGACGGUUGCAAUUUCAAAUAUAAAACCGAAAUUUAUGCUUUAUAUCGUCACGUCGAGAGUCGUGGCACGUCGGGUCAAGUGCAACAGCAACAGCAGCUGAGAGUCGGUGAGAUCCGAUUGCGCUUUAAAAUGUUAUUCGCCGCUGCUGCUGCCAGCGCCAACAAAGCCGUUCGUGUGGGGGCUUCAACAGUGCCGCCACCACUGCCGCUGCCACCGCCGGCAUCGCUGCCAGCUGCGCUGCGCCAGGAUCAUCAGUUGACCAUCAAAAACUGCUCUAAAACGCAGCCGGGCGAGCGCAUUGCAGGUACAGCCACGUCGAUUGCAUCUGCUGCACCAGCCAAAGUUGAGCUAAUGGAGGCCAUGAAGAAAUUGGAUGCCGAUCUGGUGGCACUAUUCGCCACAGCCGCUGAGCCAAACAUGGAUCAGUUGAAGCUGAAACAGCAGCAGCAGCCGCAUCUYAACAAUGUGGAGCAACUGUGGCCGGAGCAGGUACUACCGGAACAGGAGCUGCCAUCGAGCCAUGCGGCCCAAGAUCAGGCGACACCAGAGCUGUUCAAGCAGGUGAAUGCCCUGCAGCUGCACUUGGAAGCAUUGACACUCCAGGCGGAGGGCACCAAACGCAUGGAGCUGCUCCAGAGCGAAGUGCGACCCAUUUUCACUGUCGAAUGCCAGCUGUCUGAUGAACUGAUUGCCUCAGUGCCGCGUGGUCCCAUGUUCCACAUCAUGCAAUUCGAAUCGGAGAAAUUCCAAAGUCUCACCCAAUGCACACGCUUCGGGCAGACGCAGCAGCGACAGAUACAGUUGCCCGGAAUGGAAAAUGAUGAUAAGGAAAUGGGCAGUAUUCAUUUCACGAUCUGGUGGCGCGAACCGGGCACCUGCCUGAACGAGAUGCUGGGCAUGGGCCAACUGCCAUUGGCCGAACUCUAUCAGCAAUCGCUGCUGGAGCAAUGCAAGUGCAUUGUCAUUCAGCGUCGCGACCUACAUCUGGCCAGUCUGUAUCUGAAGAUCAGCUUGCGUAACGAUCAGCAAUUGAUGAUGUACAAGACCCUGACUAAUGGGCCAUAUGAAAGCAACAACAACAACAACAGCAACCAUGGUGCAGCGGCUGCAGGCAAGAACCAGAACAACAGCGAGCAGGGUAAUUCAAGGGGUAUUGCGACAUCUUCACUAGUUGCCAACAAUAACAACAACAAAGCUUCAUUGGAUAUAGUCAAUUUCAUGGCCGAGACGACCAAAGUACGUCUGCUGCGUGGCUAUAUCUUUGCUGGCGAGACGUGUCACUUGUCGGCCAAAGAUGCCGCCAACUGCAAGGAGCUGGUGCUGCAGCCCUUCUGGCAAGCCCAGGAGCUCAUUAUUGAGGCAAAUCCCCAAGGUGUCUUCCAGCUGCAGGAACAGUUCGCCAUCAUCAACGAUGAGAAGUUUCUGCAGAGCGUGGAGCGGCAACAGCUGCUGCUGGAACUGCGUCCACUGGGCGGGGAGGUGCGUCUGCCGCUGCAUAAGUUCUUUACAGCCUACAGAGAUGCCGCCAUCACCAAUCAUCUAUGCAAGGGCAAACUGCCUGUAAUUUCCAAUGAUGGCUGGACGCCCAUUCUGCAUGCCGAGUCCCAGCAGAAGCUGGGUGAGCUGAAUGUGCUGCUGGCCAUUGGCAGCGAAUCGCAAAUAGCACAUUUGAAGCAGCUGCGUGGCUUCGAUGUGGAAAACAAUCAACAACAGCCGCCGUUGAGACGCACCUCAGAUCUGCUGGACAUGCUCCAGAGUGCGCUGGGCACCACGUCCGUUGCUGUGCCAAAGGCGGUGCCCGCUGCACCCGCCACUGGGAGUCAGUUUAGCUUCAGCUUGCAAAUUGUUGGCGCUGCUGGGCUGCCGCUGAAUCGGGGCUACGGUAAGCGUUGCAUGAAGCAGCAGCCGAAGCGGCUGCCUGACGAGCCGCCCAGCACCUAUGUGACCUUCCAGGCUUUGGACUGCACCGAUGCGCAGACCUACAAUUCGCACGAGGGCUUGGUCUAUGCCACGCCCAUUGUGGAGCGCUCGACGACGCCGCAGUGGCACAGCGAGUUCCAGGUGAAAGUGAGCGCCGAUUAUCUGAGCAAUCCGCAGAAACUGUUUAUAUUGAAAGUGUGGAAGAAGAGAUAUCUAAACGUGGGCACAGAGCCAUCGCCUUCCGCGGAUGCCAUCAUUGGAUUCGUUGCCUUGAAUCUCAACCAGAGCGGAACAGGCGCCAGCUGGCCCAAUGGCUGGCACAACAUAGUCGACUUCAGCGGUCGUGUAACGGGCGGCUUGGAAGUGCAUGUGCGGCCACUGACUUCUAGUGGCGCCGCCUCAAACGUGGACACUGCCAUCGAUCAGUUCGAAGAAUCUCUGAAGCUGCGUCACCUGCAGCUGGGACAGGCAAUCAAGCGUAAGUUCACGGAGCUGGAGCAGAUCUCGAAUAGAUUGCGCACACGACUGGUGGAUGUGACCGGCGAGUCGUUGCAAUCGCCGCAAUACGAUGUGGACGCCGCGCUGGACAAUUGGCAGAGCGACGAGCUGCAGCAGUGGCACGAGGACGAUGAGCUGGUGGCCGAAUUUGAGCGAGCAUUGCGCACCCCAACGCCACCGCCGGCAGCUGACACAGAGGACGCCAACACCAGUAGCACACCCACCGCACAAAAUGCAGCCGACGCUGGCAAGGAUUAGCCCAGGCUGAGGCUCAAAUUGCACCUAUGGCACACCACUUUUGUCGAUGCACUCUUUUUUCACGUUCUCUUGCUCUCUCGAUGUCUACGAAACAGGCUCAAGCAUAGUUAUAUUACAAUUAUUAGAUAACCACCACUAU